AUGUCAAGGGUCGCCGGGGGCCUGCAGGACACUCGACGCACUGUUAAGCUGCUUCUACACCCGGAACCUAUAGCACCAGCCAUCCUGUUGGCGAAUCUACAGGGCUUCGGGGUGAUGACGAGGCAAGGAAAAGGAGGCAAGGAAAAGGAGGCAAGGAAAAGGAGGCAAGGAAAAGGAGGCAAGGAAAAGGAGGCAAGGAAAAGGAGGCAAGGAAAAGGAGGCAAGGAAAAGGAGGCAAGGAAAAGGAGGCAAGGAAAAGGAGGCAAGGAAAAGGAGGCAAGGAAAAGGAGGCAAGGAAAAGGAGGCAAGGAAAAGGAGGCAAGGAAAAGGAGGCAAGGAAAAGGAGGCAAGGAAAAGGAGGCAAGGAAAAGGAGGCAAGGAAAAGGAGGCAAGGAAAAGGAGGCAAGGAAAAGGAGGCAAGGAAAAGGAGGCAAGGAAAAGGAGGCAAGGAAAAGGAGGCAAGGAAAAGGAGGCAAGGAAAAGGAGGCAAGGAAAAGGAGGCAAGGAAAAGGAGGCAAGGAAAAGGAGGCAAGGAAAAGGAGGCAAGGAAAAGGAGGCAAGGAAAAGGAGGCAAGGAAAAGGAGGCAAGGAAAAGGAGGCAAGGAAAAGGAGGCAAGGAAAAGGAGGCAAGGAAAAGGAGGCAAGGAAAAGGAGGCAAGGAAAAGGAGGCAAGGAAAAGGAGGCAAGGAAAAGGAGGCAAGGAAAAGGAGGCAAGGAAAAGGAGGCAAGGAAAAGGAGGCAAGGAAAAGGAGGCAAGGAAAAGGAGGCAAGGAAAAGGAGGCAAGGAAAAGGAGGCAAGGAAAAGGAGGCAAGGAAAAGGAGGCAAGGAAAAGGAGGCAAGGAAAAGGAGGCAAGGAAAAGGAGGCAAGGAAAAGGAGGCAAGGAAAAGGAGGCAAGGAAAAGGAGGCAAGGAAAAGGAGGCAAGGAAAAGGAGGCAAGGAAAAGGAGGCAAGGAAAAGGAGGCAAGGAAAAGGAGGCAAGGAAAAGGAGGCAAGGAAAAGGAGGCAAGGAAAAGGAGGCAAGGAAAAGGAGGCAAGGAAAAGGAGGCAAGGAAAAGGAGGCAAGGAGAAGGAGGCAAGGAAAAGGAGGCAAGGAGAAGGAGGCAAGGAGAAGGAGGCAAGGAGAAGGAGGCAAGGAGAAGGAGGCAAGGAGAAGGAGGCAAGGAGAAGGAGGCAAGGAGAAGGAGGCAAGGAGAAGGAGGCAAGGAGAAGGAGGCAAGGAGAAGGAGGCAAGGAGAAGGAGGCAAGGAGAAGGAGGCAAGGAGAAGGAGGCAAGGAGAAGGAGGCAAGGAGAAGGAGGCAAGGAGAAGGAGGCAAGGAGAAGGAGGCAAGGAGAAGGAGGCAAGGAGAAGGAGGCAAGGAGAAGGAGGCAAGGAGAAGGAGGCAAGGAGAAGGAGGCAAGGAGAAGGAGGCAAGGAGAAGGAGGCAAGGAGAAGGAGGCAAGGAGAAGGAGGCAAGGAGAAGGAGGCAAGGAGAAGGAGGCAAGGAGAAGGAGGCAAGGAGAAGGAGGCAAGGAGAAGGAGGCAAGGAGAAGGAGGCAAGGAGAAGGAGGCAAGGAGAAGGAGGCAAGGAGAAGGAGGCAAGGAGAAGGAGGCAAGGAGAAGGAGGCAAGGAGAAGGAGGCAAGGAGAAGGAGGCAAGGAGAAGGAGGCAAGGAGAAGGAGGCAAGGAGAAGGAGGCAAGGAGAAGGAGGCAAGGAGAAGGAGGCAAGGAGAAGGAGGCAAGGAGAAGGAGGCAAGGAGAAGGAGGCAAGGAGAAGGAGGCAAGGAGAAGGAGGCAAGGAGAAGGAGGCAAGGAGAAGGAGGCAAGGAGAAGGAGGCAAGGAGAAGGAGGCAAGGAGAAGGAGGCAAGGAGAAGGAGGCAAGGAGAAGGAGGCAAGGAGAAGGAGGCAAGGAGAAGGAGGCAAGGAGAAGGAGGCAAGGAGAAGGAGGCAAGGAGAAGGAGGCAAGGAGAAGGAGGCAAGGAGAAGGAGGCAAGCAGAAGGAGGCAAGCAGAAGGAGGCAAGGAGAAGGAGGCAAGCAGAAGGAGGCAAGGAGAAGGAGGCAAGGAGAAGGAGGCAAGGAGAAGGAGGCAAGGAGAAGGAGGCAAGGAGAAGGAGGCAAGGAGAAGGAGGCAAGGAGAAGGAGGCAAGGAGAAGAAGGCAAGGAGAAGAAGGCAAGGAGAAGAAGGCAAGGAGAAGAAGGCAAGGAGAAGAAGGCAAGGAGAAGAAGGCAAGGAGAAGAAGGCAAGGAGAAGAAGGCAAGGAGAAGAAGGCAAGGAGAAGAAGGCAAGGAGAAGGAGGCAAGGAGAAGGAGGCAAGGAGAAGGAGGCAAGGAGAAGGAGGCAAGGAGAAGGAGGCAAGGAGAAGGAGGCAAGGAGAAGGAGGCAAGGAGAAGGAGGCAAGGAGAAGGAGGCAAGGAGAAGGAGGCAAGGAGAAGAAGGCAAGGAGAAGAAGGCAAGGAGAAGAAGGCAAGGAGAAGAAGGCAAGGAGAAGAAGGCAAGGAGAAGAAGGCAAGGAGAAGAAGGCAAGGAGAAGAAGGCAAGGAGAAGAAGGCAAGGAGAAGAAGGCAAGGAGAAGAAGGCAAGGAGAAGAAGGCAAGGAGAAGAAGGCAAGGAGAAGAAGGCAAGGAGAAGAAGGCAAGGAGAAGAAGGCAAGGAGAAGAAGGCAAGGAGAAGAAGGCAAGGAGAAGAAGGCAAGGAGAAGAAGGCAAGGAGAAGAAGGCAAGGAGAAGAAGGCAAGGAGAAGAAGGCAAGGAGAAGAAGGCAAGGAGAAGAAGGCAAGGAGAAGAAGGCAAGGAGAAGAAGGCAAGGAGAAGAAGGCAAGGAGAAGAAGGCAAGGAGAAGAAGGCAAGGAGAAGAAGGCAAGGAGAAGAAGGCAAGGAGAAGAAGGCAAGGAGAAGAAGGCAAGGAGAAGAAGGCAAGGAGAAGAAGGCAAGGAGAAGAAGGCAAGGAGAAGAAGGCAAGGAGAAGAAGGCAAGGAGAAGAAGCUAGGUGAGGGAUUUGGCCAGGCCGCUGCAGUGGGGCACUGUGUCAAAAGCUGGAGCCGCUCGACUCUGCAGGGAACCGGUUGCCGUGAUGACGUUUAUGAUAGCGGCGCCACAGCUGCGUGCGCCGACGUCUCCAUUCACGCUGCCCUGCGCAGGGGAGUCACUGGUAUCCCAGUGCCGAGUCCUGAAGCACCGUCCACCACGUGUCCAAGCCUCCAGAGGUACGACUCAUUUAUCAAGAGGCGCUAUUUUUCAGGGCAGCAGGUCAAACAUGGAAAAUGA